GUUCUAUAUUACGAGACGCUAAAAAUAACUCACGGAAAUAAUAAGCUGUGAUCUGUUGGCAAACAAGAAGGUGUUAAACAUAAUGGAAAUAUCAAGAAGUAUUUUACCUACUGGAAAACAUCGACAUGUAUUUUUUUUAUAUCGCACUGAAGGACAAUCAAGGAACUUUAUAAUGGAACUUUGGCAAACACUAGAACAAAUUGGCUACGUGUGCGGUUGUCAUGAACAAGAGUUUGUCAUUGGUAAAUCCUAUCUGUCUAAUUUGGAAAACUGCAUAAAGACGUCUGCUGUGAUAGUUCCAUGGAUCUCCGAAGAAUUUCUCACGAGUCCAUACUGCAUGAAGGAUCUAGACAUUGCCUGCCAUUAUUUUGAUCAUGGGGUCAUGGUUAUGCCCUUGCUAUAUGAGUUACAGCUACAUGAUAUCCCUGAAAUACUACAAAGGCUUGUCUGUUUAAAUGUUUCUGCAAAUAUACUUACGUGGAGAAGUCGGUUUUUAGAUUCAUUAAGUCGCCAUAUCGAUCAAGCGCGUGAAGGUAAUUCCGCUGAAGAAGAGGUGCAUAGGUUAAUCGACCAGUUUGCUAGUAUGUCAACACAAGCAAAGAUACUGUUUAGCUUAAAAUUUUCUGGAGAGAGCAAAUUUGAUAUUAUCCACAUGAUAGGUACCUUGCAAACCAAAGAAGUUUUGGAACUUUUUCAUGUGCAGUUUGUUGAAAACAACUGUUUUCACAUGGUACAAAAUUAUUAUAGAACCGGUGUGUUAGAGAGUGAAUGUGAGAGAUGUAUUUUGUUAUCAAUUAACAGUAAAGUUAUUGCUUUGUGUGAGCACAGUGUAUCAACGGCGUUGAGUCGUGUUUGUGCAACCCAACUAAGCACCAUAGUUGGUAAUUCCAACGGUCAUAAGAAAGUUUGUGCUGUGUUAGAAUAUAUAUUUAACGAUUUACAGGAAAAUGGAGACAAUAAACUUUACAUAUUUCACCUGUGUUACGAAAACAACUAUUUUACAAAUAAAAUCGGUUCUGCUACGAUGAAAGCAACAAAUCUAAGGGUAUACGACGAGUCAGAUAAACUGAUUAGAAGGUCGUGCCUUGGGUUGACAUAUAUGUAGAUAAAUGAUUUUAGAGAACACAUGGGACACAAGAAACAGACGUCCAUUAUUUGUUUACUAAUCGUUUACUUUUAUUGUUGCAAAUCAUCUUUUUCAAUACAAUGAACAAAAACCAACCAACAGACAAUUCGAACUGCAUUUUUGACUUGAGUACCUCUUGGAACGCCUUGAGACCUACUCCAGAACGAUUUUACAGUGCGAGACUGUCAAGCAAGUGCGACAAGGCUCCGCACUUACUUCAACACAAGCUGCAAAAUGUUAACUGAUUUGCAAAUAUAUAUUUUUUAAUUAUGUCUCUUCUUGAAAAUCUUUUAUCGACAAACUUUUACAGAUAACUAUCAACCAAAAAAGUAAUGAAAAAAAAAUUUUUUUUUAAGGAACAUUUAAUUGACUAUACAAUCACUUGCCAUGUUUCUGUAUAAUCACUUGAGGACUUAUUUUAAAAUCGUUUGGCCUUAUUAAAAAAAAUCUCUUGAA